CUAUUCAGUUAAAACCAUUUAAGAAUUAACUGGAGAUUAAGAGUCGCGUCAAGAUCAACAAUAAUAACGCGCAUGCGCGCUAGAUCGAGCCCGCGUUCUCGCGUACAAUCUCUUUCUCGAAAGCCUUUGAAUAUGUUAGGAUAUGUCGCGGUAUUCGUAGGCUAUUCGCUACCACUCUAUUGGCCAUGGUUCGUCCGAUUAGUCGCGUCCAAUUAUUCGUACGACAUGCGCGCGACAGUCGAGGACUCCUUAUUCACCAGUUCUCGUUCGCGAACGUCGCUCGUCGUUAAUCGCCGAUCGUCAGCGAACAAGGUCCACGGUCGCCUCGACCUGGACGACGGAACCUCGCCGUCGCGAUUCUGAGCCGGUUGACUGUAUCGGCAUCGCCCGAUAACACGUAACGAUGCUGAGUCUCUUUGAGAGCAUAGCGGACAUCCCGAAACUCUACUACGGCGCAUUGCUAGGCAUCGGAUUUUGUAUCUAUUAUUUCUGCGAAGUUGUUAAGACACCCUUGCUGGUUUGUGCCAAUGGACCAUUCCGUUCAUUCUUGGAAACCAACAUUCCACUUGUGCAAAAUAAAUUCUGGCCGACGUUAUGGUGUUUCGAAUCACGAGCGCAGACCAUUAUGGCCAGCAUUUUGAGAUCUCGGAUAUUACCAUACCUCGAAUAUCGCAGAGAAAUUCUUGCUUUGUCCGACGGUGGUGAAGUGGCCUUGGAUUGGGCCGAGAAAGACUGCUCGAUCACCUCGCCAAUCGUCGUUAUUUUACCUGGUCUUACAGGCGGUAGCCAAGCAGAAUAUGUCAAAUGUCUGGUAUCAGCCGCGAGAAAAAAUGGAAUACGAUGUGUAAUUUUCAAUAAUAGAGGCUUAGGUGGAUUGCAACUCAAGACUCCACGAACGUAUUGUGCCGCUAACUCUGAUGAUUUAAGUGAAGUCAUAGAACACGUGAAGAAACUUCAUCCACAUGUACCUCUCGGAGCAACCGGGAUUUCCAUGGGAGGGUUGAUCUUAGGUAAUUAUUUAGCACAGAAAGGUUUAAUAGCAAGGUCCAAAUUGAGAGCGUGCCUUAUUAUUUCGGUACCAUGGAAUGUGUUUGCAGCGACGAAGAGUACCGAGGAAAAUUAUUUUAAUCGAAUGCUGAAUAAGCAUCUAGCCAGCAAUUUAUGUCGCACGAUGCAGCGACACAGAGAUGUUGGUCCUUUCAACGUAGAUAUGGAUACUGUUCUUAAGAGCCAAACAAUAAGAGAAUUUGAUUCGAAUUUUACGGCAAGGCACUUUGGAUAUAAAAACGUCGAAGAGUAUUAUAGUAAUGCAACGCUUCACGACAAGCUGCAUCUAAUCGAAGUUCCGAGUUUGUGCCUUAACGCGGCAGACGAUCCGUUUCAGCCGUUGCAAGCGAUACCUUUGAAAGAGAUAAGUCAAACUAAAAACGUGGCCGUAGUGGUAACGUCACGUGGUGGACAUAUCGGUUUCCUGGAAGGUGUUUGGCCAGUUAAAGAGGAGCAAUAUAUGGGAAAGUUUUUCUCGCAAUUUUUUACUGCGAUGUUCACCAGCAAUUUCGACUAAAACUUGACAUUAUCUAUAAAUCGGAAUGGAAUAAACGGUAUCAUAAACCUUA